UGGAAGAAGCCCUCAACCCUGUCAUGGAGGGGUCUAGUGAGCCGCAGCUGGACGCUAAGGCCAAGGUCACCAACCAGCUGAUAGAUUUUCAGUGGAAGCUGGGAAUGGCCGUGAGCUCGGACAGCUGCAGAUCACUUAAGUAUCCUUACGUUGCUGUGAUGCUCAAAGUGGCGGAUCAUUCAGGCCAAGUGAAGAACAAGUCCUUUGAAAUGACCAUUCCGCAGUUUCAGAAUUUCUACAGACAGUUCAAGGAAAUUGCUGCAAUUAUGGAAACUGUGUGAAAGCUAAUUACUUGGUUGAUGAAUUGCUACCAUUCUAAAAUCAUGGACUUCACUUUCUGCAACCACACUGCCUAAGGAUCAAAUGAUAUUUAUUGAAUGAAAGUUACACUUUUGGUUUUCCAUUUUUUUAAAUAAUCAAAAUCAGACAAACAGGAAUUACAAAGUUGUGAUUGAUGCACAACUUUGUGAAUGUACCAAGAGCCACUGAAACCGAACACUUUAAAGGGUAAACUUUGUGGUAUGUGAAUUAUAUUUUUAAAUCAUACAGUGGAAUGAUAUUAAAAGCAACACAAAUUUAUGUAUUAGGCCAAUAGUUUUAAAAAUUACAGGUAAUGUUACCCUUUAUAAAUAAAACCUUAUAUAGAGUCCUUUAUAUAUAGUCUUAUAAAGUAUCUAUAAAUGACAAAAGUAGUGUUUGAUUAGGGUAACAUUACAAACUCAGUUUUAUAACAUUCACUUGUCAUAAACGCAAUCAGUGAGAAGAGUGAGGCUGCUCCUUCUCAAACAUUUGGACCAGGUUAGGAUUGAUCAUUGUUUUCCUUACGUUAGCCAAGCAUUCAGAUGUUUCUGUUAUUAAUAUUUGUAGAAAUUUCAAAUAUGUGCACAGAUUUACAAAAAUAGGUUUUAUUCUGAGUUUACAUAUACCUAAAUUAAUCUGGUAGCCCAGGUUAUUAUGUUAGAUGAUCUCUGUUGGAUUUAUAUUUUUAAAUCUGUUGUUAAAAUAUUUUAUAAAGCUACAGCAGUCAACACUGUAUAUCAUUGCUUAGGAAUAAACAGGUCCCUGGAGUCAACUAGGUGGCCUAGAAAUAGAUCAAGACAUUUAGGGCAAGGAUGGUAUUUCAGUUGGAUGAGAAAACAGGAUUUAUUUAAUAUGUGCUAGUAACCCUUCACAACAUAUGCAAAAGUAAGUUCCAGAUGGACUACUGACCUAAAUAAAAAAGAUAAAAAUGAGAAAUUUUACAGGAUAUUUAUGUUAACUCAGGCUUAGGAAGAUAGCAACUCCCCAUCUAUAAUAGCAAAUAUAAAUAUAAUUGAAAUAUAAAAUUAAAAAGUUAUAUGUAGGGAAAAAUAGACCAUGAACAAAAACAAAAGACAAAUGCUAGGUUGAUGUGUAAGUCAGUUCUCGGUUUGGAAAACAAAUUGCUUUAACUGUUUUAAAUAGGAAGGGCUUUUAUACAAGAAACGAGAUGCUUACUCAACUGUGGGACUGAGGGAACAAGUCAGGAGAAAUCAUUGCUGGCUCUUGAAAAUCCAGUAAAGCAGGAAUUUCAGGAAAGCUCCCACUAAUCUCCGCACACUCUCUACAGGCCAUUUCUGCCAUCAGUCAGCAUGUUAUGAUGAAAUAAAAAACCCUUCCUCAUUUCCGUGAGAUUGCCUCUCACUGGUGAAAGUUAAACCAGGACCCGUUUAAUACAGGUAUCUGGACAAUUGAGCUUCUAGUCUUUUAGCACCUAUGGAGGAGAGAUUUAGAAAAGCAAGAAUGGUGUUGACAGAGUUCCCACUGUGACACAAUGGGUUAAGGAUCCCACGUUGCCAUAGCUGUGGUGUAGGUUGCAGCUGCGGCUCGGAUUUGAUCCCUGGCCCGGGAACUUCCAUAUGCUGUGGCUGUGGCUGAAAA